AUGUUUAGCGGGAGGGCACAGCAGGACUUGCAGGAAGGCGGAUGGAGCAUCCACAACAAUGGAUUUUUGAGCAACCACAGGCGCAUGAAACCAGAAAGUUCUUCUGGAAGUUUCUCGCAUAGAUUACAAUGUGAUGGCUACAAAUCAAACGGAUUCAUCAGAAACAACCCGGCAAAAACUCCGCAAAUGAUCUACUCGUCCGAUCUUCCAUUUGACCAAGAAGUGAUUGCUGAGCUUGUUGAAGGACCACUGGAUUUCGAAAAUAACGAUGGUGAAUUGAGCUUCUUUGUGCGUAUGAAGGAAUUUCCUGACGAUAGUUAUUAUCACAUGCAACGUGCGUUAGAUCGUUAUGUCACCACAAAGUCACCAGAUGUAAAUGUGCCAAAAGAUGGAGACUGUGUGAUCGCGGCUCGUCAAGGAGUUGGUUAUCGAGGACGCGUUGUUCACUCAGAUGAUGGCUAUCAUCUUUACUUGUUUGAUCACGGCGUAGCGCGUUUGGUUAAAGAAAUGUGGCUAAUCAAUAAUUCCAAAGAUCAUGCAACAAAGCUUUUUCAUCUUUCUGGGGCGGUUGUUGAGUGUCAGCUUGCCGGCGUUCAAUUUAAAGACAGCUCUUCAAAAGAAAAAGUGCGACAAGUUCUGGAUGCUCUCCGGGAGCGGCCAAAUGUAACUAUUCGUCUUACUCGAGUUGGAUUCAAUGGAAAAGUAAAUCUCGUGAAGAUGCUGGUUCAGUACGAUUCAGUCCAACCGAGCAUUAGCGAUUUUGGAUUGGCGAUCAUUGAGCAUGACUUUGGUGUUUAUGCGCCGUCAACUAAGAAGCCCACCACUUACAAUAGAAGCGAAUUAUUGCAGUUGAGGGAUUUAGCGGAUGUGGGAAAGGAUUUAUCUGUCGGUUUGCACCGAAUGAACAUUCACAAGGACGAUAUGCCCCCCGAAACCACGAAACAUCAU